GUUCAAACACAAUCAGCUCGGGGUUGCUUGUACGCUUCUGUGUGUAUGUUGGCUGAAAGUGUCUGUGAAUGCACAGCUCUUUGAUGUCAGUAUAAACCCAGUGUAACACAGCAGUGCGCCUCUCCCUCCCGCAGGACCGGACUUAAAGCCUCACAAGCUGGCCGAUCAUAUGAUGUUGCUGUAAAGAGCCUGGAGGGGAUCUGUGAAUGGCAACAUGCUUCGAAAUCUUCCACAGAUGGAACCUUGACAAAUUAUGAUCACUCUACAUCCAGCAGCAGAGGACGUUUUGUAGCUACACGACGUUUGCAGCUGCAGCAUCUUUCACCAAAACCCACAAAGACGCUGACAGCUGAAUUGACUGCACGGCGCUAAUGGAGGAGGAAACCUUGUGCGCCUCUCUGCCGGAUAUCACAGAUUCUGUCCUUCAGCAGCUUCUACAAGACUCGUGGACCGCUUUAGAUCCUCAGAGCAUCAAUGGAGAAGAGGAGACCGUUGUGUGGGACGAGACUGAGGUGCAACUGAACCAGGAAUAUGGGCCGGAUCAGCUCAGUCUCUCCCCAAAGGCAGAACACAAGUCCCCUGAAGAGGCAGAACAAUGGGAGCAGAUAAUAUGGCCGGUUUGCCCCAUCACCUGCAACAGUCCUCGGCUGUCCUUCGCCACAGUGCAGUGGAACAUGCCCGAUCCCUCCACUGAGACGCCGUUACUCAUGACUGACAGCGGCUCGGCCAAUCAGCUGGACUCCGAGGUUGUGACGGAUCUAGACGCCACCUCCUCGCCGCUUCACCAGCCUCAAGACAUUAAUGCUGAGCUUUUCAACCAUGAGGACACAGAGGAACCAGAUGAGUUUGAUUCACAGCAUCUGAAUUCCGAUGUUGAGUGGACAGGAAACGGAUCUGAGCCAUGUGAUGCAGCAGAUGUGCAAGAACCGAAGACACAGGAAAAGGAAGACUCAGCCCAUGAGCUGUUUGACAGCAAUGACGAAAUCCUACUGAGGACAGACUCAGAAGAAGAGGAGGGACACUCUGAAACAUCCGAUCCUGCCGAACCUCAGGACUUAAUUGACAUUGUUGAGGAGAUUCAAGGCUCGCAAGAUGAGGCGGACAGUUUUGUAGUUGUGAAACUAGAAGAGGAACGGGAGGAGCCCGCUGUUCUGCUGACAGGACUGGGAAACUCUGAGGAAGAACAAAUUUCAACAAAUGGUGUCGAGAUUGAGGGAGAGAACGAGGAGGGCGGCGGGGUCGAAGAAGAGCAGAGUGUGACUAAUGUGUCCUGCAGUGAAGAAAGUGAAGAGGCAGAAACUGUCACUUGUGUGGGGCAUGUGGAGGAACCUGCAGAGCCACUGCAAACUGAGGACACUGGAAUAACCAUAGACCCAGAUAAGCUAAUUGAUCUGCAACAGCCAGAGCCUUUGGAGGAAAACCUGCACUCAGAAGCUGAAGAGGACAUUACGAUAGUGGAACAGUUACUUCAAAAUCUAAAAGUUGAGAGUGAAAAGCCAGAAAUGUGUGAAGAUGUAGGUGAGGACAUGGUCCCUGAACAGUCAGAGGCUGCAGACAACGGUGAAGAAGCAUCGAUACAGGAGGCGGAGAGGAUAGAAAACCCACAAGAGACCCUAGAGGAGGCUGAAAAACCAGAGGAGACAAACUGUUUAGACUGUGACCAAACAAUUUCACAGGACGGAGAGGUUCCACUACCUGAACCCUCCGAGCCUGAGCAGCUUGAGAUGGCGGAAAAGCCUGAGCAGAUCCCAGCAGAGGAGUCGCAUCAAACAGAGGCGCAGCACUCGGAAGACCCUGACCAGUCACCAGAGAUGAAACUGACAGACCAAUCAACCCAGCCUGAAAAUGCAGAGCAGCCAGAGGAGUCCGCUCAGUCGGAGCAGGCAGUUUGUGCAGAGGCCGAAGACCCCGGAGCGGCGGAGCAGCGAGAACAGACGGAGCCAUCGGAGCAGAAUGAGCAGUCGCUGCAAACGAGCGACUCGUCUCAGGCAGCAGCCUCCGAGCAGCUCGUGCUAUCAGACGAGACAAAUGAGUCAGAAGUAACAGAGCAGCUGUCUCCUGAGACUGAGGUCACACAGCAGACAGAGGAGGCCCGGCUAAACCAGGUGGACAAACAGGCUGAGACGCCGGAUCAGGCUGAAGACGUGGGGGGUCCCGAGGAUGGAGAUGUUCAAACAGUCGUGGCAAACGGAGAGCAGCCCAAGCACCCGGACACAGCUGUACUUCACAUGAACGGAGGGGAGGUGGACAGAGAGGCGGCCCGCCGCCUCGCCGAACGGCUGUUUAACUUGGACGGGAUUCAGCGUGCGGACGUGGUGAAGCACGUAGACAAAGAUAAUGACUUCAGUCGGGCUGUUGGAGAGGAAUACCUCAAAUUCUUUGACUUCACUGGCCAAUCUCUGGAUCAUGCCCUGAGAUCCUUCCUGAAGGUGGUGGUGCUGAUCGGAGAGACCCAGGAGAGAGAGCGCGUGCUGCAGCAUUUCUCCUGCCGCUUCCAACAGUGCAACCCCGACUCCUUCUCCUCUUCAGGCUCCGUGUUGGCUCUGACAUGUGCUUUGAUGCUUCUCAAUACUGACUUGCAUGGACAGCAUGUGGGGAAAUCCAUGUCGUCUUCCAAGUUUGUGUCCAACCUGGAUGGGAUGAAUGAAGGAGAAAACUUCAGCAAGGAUCUGCUUAAAAGUCUUUACAAUUCCAUAAAGAGUGAACCCCUGGAAUGGGCUGUUGAUGAGGAGGAGCUAAAGAACUCCGUGCUGCUGGAUGAAGACGCAGGCGAAGAUGCGCCGCUGCGAUCGAAAGCGAACCCCUUCCAGGACGUUCCUCACGACAAAACGGCCUCUGUGGUCAAGCAGGGUUUCCUCCAGAGAAAGCUCCACGCCGACAUCGACGGCAAACGCACUCCUUGGGGGAAACGAGGCUGGAAGACUUUCUACGGUGUGCUGAAGGGAAUGGUCCUUUACUUACAGAAGGACGAUUAUCGGAGGGAUCAGCCGACUAACGAGGAAGUGGUGAGCGUGCAUCACUCUCUGGCUGAGCAGGCGGCCGAUUACAUCAAGAAGCCGCACGUCUUUCGCCUGCAGACGGCCGACUGGAGGGUUUUUCUCUUUCAGGCCUCGUCCAAAGUGGAGAUGAAUUCGUGGAUCAGCCGCAUCAACUUGGUCUCAGCUCUUCACUCGUCGCCUCCGUUCCCCGCCGCUGUCGGCUCUCAGAGGAGGUUCUGCCGACCGAUCCUCCCCGCCUCGCAGUCUGCUAACACUCUGGAACAUCAGCUGAAGUCUCAUUCAGGAAUGCUGGAGUCCUUUAGGGCGGACCUGUCGUACCAGCAGGAGAACCCACCAGAGGGCAGGAAAGCCAAAUCCAAAGAUCUGGAGGAGCAUCGUGUCAGAUCAGAGUACCUGCAGCACGAGGUUUGUCGCUACGAGAGCUACAUCCAGGUGCUGGAGGCCUGGAAGAGCAUGAAGAAGUCUGGCGACAGCGAGUUGACCACCGCAGACCUGAACCUGUUUGAUAAAGCCGUGUGUGCAGACUCUGUGGGCGAGGAGGAAGAGGAGGAAGGGGCGCUGAAAAAGUCUUACUCCAGCCCUUCUCUGGAGCUGGAGGUGCCUACUCCGACGGUGGUCAAAGUCAGACGCAACAUCUCUGAGAGACGGACUUACCGCAGGGUCAUCAUCCCUCGAUUGAACAAAGAGGCCUGAGGCAGGAGGAGCAGUUUGUGGCCUUCUGAUUUCUGCUGGCAGCUUUUUGUAGAAGCAGAGAAAUACCAAAGUCACAUCUGUGAACCACCUCAGAAUGUUACUGUUUUUGUUUUAGCGUUUUUCAGAAUUUUGAUCUUGUGCACUUUUACGAAAAUCCGCCUCAGGGAAAAACCGUAACCCUCAAACUCUCUCUGGACAGAGGGGGCACCCUGAUCCGUUUGUUGAGUGAAGUAACAUGUACGGACCUAAUUUAUUUAGUUUUGCUAAAACAUUUUGGUCUUUUUUUUAGUAGGCAGAAUAGUUUAAACAUUUACAAUGCUGGACUUUGUGUGAAAAUGUGCCUUUAACAUGUAAACCACAAGAGGAUGCUGUAGUACAGGACGUCUCUGAUGACAGUCAAGGCAAAGAUAGGCUCUGACAGUUUUCUCUUUCAAAAAAAUCCUAUUUGCACUUUUGUUAUUCUUUAUAUUGCGUUUAAAAUGUUUGUUGGCAUAAAUGCCUCUGAAGUGUUACACACUUUGUUUAAAUGAAGGAUUCUUUUUAAAAAUAAAACGUUGCCCAUGUAGAUUAUUC